AUGGCGCCGGCAUUGCCAAUUAAGUUCCAGGAGCUGCUCCAACUCAGCAGCCUGGGCGUCAACCAAACGGCAAUCACAUUCAACACCUGUACUCUAGAAUCAGACUCCUACAUUUGCUUGCGAGACAAGAAAGACGAGUCGUCGUCCCCCGAAGUCCUUAUCGUCGAUCUCAAGAAUGGCAAUAACGUCAUCCGACGGCCCAUCAAGGCCGACAGCGCAAUUAUGCACUGGUCCCGCCAAGUUAUUGCCCUGAAGGCCCAAUCUAGGACACUUCAAAUCUUCGAUUUGGAGCAGAAGCAGAAGCUCAAGUCUACCACCAUGAGUGAGGAUGUUGCCUUCUGGAAGUGGACAAGCGAAACCACCCUUGGUUUGGUCACAGACACGGCCGUUUACCAUUGGGAUGUUUUUGACCCCGCCCAGGCGGCGCCCGUCAAGGUGUUUGACCGCAACAGCAACCUCCAGAUCAUCAACUACCGCACCAGCGCAGACGGUAAAUGGAUGGCCGUGGUUGGCAUCUCUCAACAACAAGGGCGCGUCGUUGGUGCCAUGCAGCUAUACUCGAAAGAUCGCGGCAUCAGCCAGGCAAUCGAAGGUCAUGCCGCCGCUUUCGGUACGAUCCGGCUGGACGGUGCUCCCGAGGACACUAAGCUUUUCACAUUCGCCGUACGAACCGCCGUCGGCGCGAAGCUGCACAUCGUUGAGGUCGACCACGCCGAGACGAACCCCACAUUCCCCAAGAAGGCUGUCGACGUCUUCUUCCCGCCAGAAGCCGCCAGCGACUUCCCGGUUGCGCUUCAGGUCUCCCAGAAGUACGGGAUCAUCUACCUAAUCACCAAGUACGGCUUCAUCCACCUCUACGAUCUGGAGAGUGCGACAUGCAUCUUCAUGAACCGUAUUUCUGGGGAGACCAUCUUCACAGCCUGCGGCGACAAAGACUCGAGUGGUGUGCUUGGUAUCAACCGCAAGGGCCAGGUUCUCUUCGUCAGCGCCGAUGAGAACACGAUCGUGCAGUACGUGAUGGAGAGCCACGGCACCGAGCUGGCCCUCAAACUCGCCUCGCGGGCUGGUCUCCCAGGCGCCGACAACCUUUACCAGCAGCGCUUCGAGCAACUUUUCUCCAACGGAAACUACCAGGAGGCCGCCAAGGUCGCCGCCAACUCUCCCCGUGGUUUCCUACGAACGCCGCAAACCAUUGAGCGAUUCAAGCGGCUCCCGGCGCAACCAGGGCAGAUGUCCAACAUUCUCCAGUAUUUCGGCCUGUUGCUCGACAAGGGGUCGCUCAACCAGCACGAGACGAUCGAAUUGGCCCAGCCCGUGCUCGCCCAGAACCGCAAGCAGCUGCUACAAAAGUGGCUCGGCGAGAACAAACUUGAGUGCUCCGAAGCCUUUGGCGACAUGGUUCGUCCCCACGACAUGGCGAUGGCGCUGGCCAUUUACCUGAAAGCGAAUGUGCCUCACAAGGUGGUCGCUGGCUUUGCCGAGACCGGCCAAUUCGAGAAGAUCUUGCCCUACUGCGCUCAGACGAGCUACCAGCCCGACUUUGUUCAGCUCCUUCAGCAUAUCGUCCGUGUCAACCCGGAGAAGGGUGCCGAGUUUGCCACAUCUCUGGCCAACCAUGAGGGCGGUUCUCUUGUCGAUCUCGAACGGGUCGUUGAUAUCUUCCAGUCGCAAGGCAUGGUCCAACAGGCCACAGCUUUCCUCCUGGAUGCUCUUAAGGACAACAAGCCCGAGCAAGGCCACCUUCAGACCCGCCUGUUGGAGAUGAACCUCAUCAAUGCUCCUCAGGUCGCCGAUGCGAUUCUCGGUAAUGAUAUGUUCUCCCACUUUGACAAGAGCCGCAUCGCGACCCUGUGUGAACAAGCUGGGCUCUUGCAGAAGGCUUUGGAUCUGUAUGAAGAUCCCGCCGCCGUCAAGAGAGUCGUUGUCAACAUCCCCGGCUCGCCCAACUUCAACGCCGAGUGGCUCAUCGAAUACUUUGGCCGUCUCUCCGUUGAGCAGUCGAUUGACUGCCUCGACGCCAUGAUGAAGCACAACAUCCGUCAGAACUUGCAGUCAGUCGUCCAAAUCGCCACCAAGUACGCGGAGCUUCUCGGCGCCCAGCGUUUGAUCGACCUUUUCGAGAAGUACAAGACCGCCGAGGGACUUUACUACUUCCUGGGGAGUAUCGUCAAUGUCAGCGAGGACCCCGAGGUCGUCUUCAAGUACGUUGAGGCUGCCACCAAGAUGGGCCAGAUCCGCGAGGUUGAGCGCAUCUGCCGUGACAACAACGUCUACAACCCGGAAAAGGUCAAGAACUUCCUCAAGGAGGCCAAACUCAGCGAGAUGCUGCCGCUUAUGGUUGUAUGCGACCGCUACAACUUUGUGCACGACUUGGUGCUUUACCUUUACCAACAUCAACAGUUCAAGUCCAUCGAGGUCUAUGUCCAGCAGGUCAACCCUUCCAGAACCCCCGGUGUUAUUGGCGGUCUGUUGGACGUUGAUUGCGACGAAAACAUCAUCAAGAAUCUCCUUUCUACCGUCAACCCCGCGUCGAUCCCCAUCGAUGAGCUGGUCCAGGAAGUCGAGACGCGUAACCGUCUCAAGCUGCUUCUGCCUUUCCUUGAGGCUACGCUGGCUGCUGGCAACCAACAGCAGGCCGUGUACAACGCCUUGGCGAAGAUCUACAUUGACUCGAACAACAAUCCGGAGAAGUUCCUUAAGGAGAACGACCAGUAUGAUACUCUCACCGUUGGCAAGUACUGUGAGAAGCGGGAUCCCAACCUGGCUUACAUUGCCUACCGCAAGGGCCAGAACGACCUUGAGCUGGUGAACAUCACCAACGAGAACGCCAUGUACAAGGCCCAGGCCAGGUAUCUCCUCGAGCGUUCGGAUCGUGAGCUUUGGAUGUUCGUCCUGAGCGAGAACAACCUCCACCGCCGCUCCGUUGUCGACCAGGUCAUCUCCACUGCGGUUCCUGAGUCGACGGAUCCUGCCAAGGUUUCCGAGGCCGUGUCGUGCUUCCUGAAUGCCGAUCUUCCUGCCGAGCUGAUCGAGCUUUUAGAGAAGAUUGUGCUCGAGCCGUCGCCGUUCAGCGACAACCAAAACCUUCAGAACCUUCUCCUGUUCACUGCCGCCAAGGCGGACAAGGCCCGUGUCAUGGACUACAUCCACCGCCUUGACAACUUCUCGUCGGAUGAAAUUUCCAAUGUGUGCAUUGAAGUCGGCCUGCAUGAGGAGGCGUUCGAGGUCUACAAGAAGAUCGACAACAAGGAGGCAGCGGUCAAUGUUCUGGUCGAGCACGUCGUCAGCAUCGAUCGUGCCCAAGCCUACGCUGAGGAGGUUGACAUUCCUCAGGUCUGGAGCAAGGUGGCUAAGGCUCAGCUUGAUGGGCUUCGAGUUAGCGACUCGAUCGACUCAUACAUCAAGGCCGAGGAUCCCAAGAAUUACGAGGAAGUCAUUGAGAUUGCGGUGACGGCUGGCAAGAACGAGGAGCUGAUCAAGUUCCUCCGGAUGGCUCGCAAGACGCUUCGCGAGCCCGCGAUCGACACGGCUCUUGCCUUCUGCUAUGCCCGCCUUGACCAGCUGCCGGAGCUGGAAGACUUCCUGCGGGCCACAAACGUCGCUAACAUCGAGGAGUCGGGAGACAAGGCCUAUGCGGAAGGCUUCUUUGAAGCGGCCAAGAUCUUCUACACCAGCAUCUCGAACUGGGCUAAGCUCGCCACCACGUUGGUCCACCUCUCUGACUACCAAGCCGCUGUGGACUGUGCUCGCAAGGCCAACAACAUUAAGGUCUGGAAGGAGGUUCACGAGGCCUGUGUUGGCAAGAAGGAGUUCCGCCUUGCCCAGAUCUGCGGUCUCAACCUCAUUGUCGACGCAGAGCAGCUGCAGGCUCUUGUCAAGCAAUACGAGCGCGAGGGCUACUUUGACGAGCUCAUCAACCUCCUUGAGCAAGGUCUCGGCCUUGAGCGCGCCCACAUGGGCAUGUUCACCGAACUCGGUAUUGCCCUUGCCAAAUACCACCCCGAACGGCUGAUGGAGCAUCUCAAGCUUUUCUGGAGCAGGAUGAACCUGCCGAAGAUGAUCCGUGCCUGCGAGGAGGCCAACCUGUGGCCUGAGCUGGUAUUUUGUUAUUACCACUACGAUGAAUUCGACAACGCCGCGCUCGCCGUCAUGGAGCGGCCAGAAAACUCCUGGGAACACCAACAAUUCAAGGAGAUAACGGUCAAGGUUGCCAAUCUCGAGAUGUACUACAAGGCCAUCAACUUUUACCUCGAGCAGCAUCCCUCGCUUCUCACCGAUCUUCUGCAGGUUCUGACCCCCCGGAUCGACGUCAAUCGCGUGGUCCGUCUGUUCCAGAAGUCGGAUAACUUGCCGCUCAUCAAGCCCUUCCUGCUCAAUGUGCAGUCGCAAAACAAGCGCACCGUCAACGAUGCCAUCAACGACCUGCUCAUUGAGGAAGAGGACUACAAGACACUCCGCGACUCGGUCGAGAACUAUGACAACUACGACGCCGUCGACCUCGCUGGCCGCCUUGAGAAGCACGACCUGGUGUUCUUCCGCCAAAUUGCCGCCAGCAUCUACCGCAAGAACAAGCGGUGGGAGAAAUCCAUCAACCUGUCUAAACAAGACAAGUUGUGGAAGGACGCUAUCGAGACCGCGGCGAUCUCGGGCAAGCCUGAUAUCGUCGAGGAGCUGCUCCGCUACUUUGUCGACGUUGGUAACCGCGAGUGCUAUGUGGGCAUGCUGUACGCAUGCUACGACCUCAUCCGCCCCGACCUGGUUCUCGAGCUGUCGUGGCGCAACGGCCUCAACGACUUCACCAUGCCCUUCAUGAUCAACCUUCUCUGCCAACAGACAAAGGAGAUGGCCGCGCUCAAGGCCGACAACGAGGCCCGCAAGGCCAAGGAGAAGGAGCAGGAGAAGGUGGAGGACAACACACCCAUCCUGGGCGGCAACCGCCUCAUGAUCACGGCCGGUCCCGGCGGCGGUGUCAGCGGCGCCCCUUCGCCCGCCCCCUACAUGCAAACCAACGGCUUCGCGCCCCAGCCAACCGGCUACGGCUUCUAG